UGGAGAAUCCCAAUUUCAUUUUUCAUUAUUCAAUCGCUCUGUGUUUGAGAGAGAGUAGCAUUAGGCCAUCAUUUGAGGAAACAUCAAGAAAUGAAGAAAAAGGAUCAAACAAAGAAACACUAUAGAGAUUACCUAUUCUAUGAUAUUCUAGUAAGAAUAUUCAUUCACCUAAAUGUUGCAGAUCUUGUUGCAGCCUCAUUUGUGUGUAAGACAUGGAACCUAGCGACUCGUGCCCCUCAACUUUGGAAAAAACUUGAUCUUACUACAUUGAACUAUAGCAAUUACUUCAACAUACCCAUGUUGGUAAAUUCUUGGAAGGAUGAAAAUUCGAGUUCUAAAAUGACUCGAUUUUUGAAGUAUGUUACAAAUUUGAGUAGUGGAAAUAUAAAUAUCAUAAUAUUUAAUUUUUAUGUGUACUUGACUGACGACCACUUACUUACCCUUGCUAAAAGGACUCCAAAUCUCAAAAGGUUAGUGCUACCACUCACCGGCAACAUUUCGAAAAUUGGAAUUGAAACCGCAAUGAAAUCGUGGAGUGGCCUCGAAUCCAUGACAAUUACCUCAAUUUUCAAGGACCGUCACUAUUUUACUGCGAUUGGAAAAUAUUGUCCAAACAUCGUUAGGUUAAAAUUCACAUGUACCUUUGAACAAGAAGAAGCUGAAGCCGUGGUCAAUUACACUCCAAACCUUAAGGAAUUAAGUAUACGAUUCGUAAUAGUAAACCUUCGAGCUUUGUGUCUUGUACUCAAUAGCUUGAAGGAUUUGGAGGUGGUAAAUAUAAGUCACAGUCUCAUUGUAGACAAAUUAGAUGGAGAAUUUGAGAUGUAUUCCCUUCGUAAUCUAAGAAAUCAUUUAGAUGCAUCAUAUUAUAGAAAGCUUAUCGUUUGUGAGACAGGAGAGUGUCUUAGGUGCCAGAAUGGGAGGAACAAUGAUCCAAGAAGACUCCCACAUGGACCCUUGGAGGAUAUUUGGCGUCAAGAUGAAAUAACCUCUCUUGCACAUUAAUUAGUUUUAUUAAAUUGAUUAAUGUUGUAGCCUUCCUUAUUAAUUAAAUAAAGUUCAUCAACAUUAUACUAAUUUGGA